ACACUGGUUUGAUACCAAGUGUGGCAGCAUGCUCGAGUAAAGACACGGAUACGUCUGCGUGCUGUUUUUUUUUUCCUCCCUUCAAAAUAAAUUGUUUUUGUUUUGAUUCUGGGGUGAAGUGGAUUUCAGCACCGGAGCUGUCCGAACCUGACGCUGCUGCUGAUGCUGCUGCUGAUGCUGCUGCUGCUGCGCGAGGCGGUGAUGCUGGGCUGAAAUCAUCUCUCUCUCUCUCUCCUCUCUCUCUCUCUCUCCUCGUCUCUCCCUUCCUCGCUCCUCUCCUCCACACGCACGAAACGCUCUGUCAUGGCGUCUUCCAACCAUGUUACCCCCACCAACUGUAGCUGGUGGCCCAUCUCAGCCAUGGAUGAGGACGGUAAAAUCACAGACGGGGAGGAGUGCGAAGAAGCGACGGCAGAGCCCAAACCCUUCAGCAAAGACAGGCUGGUUUUGUACCACUGGACGCAGUCUUUCACCUCCCAGAAGGUACGUCUAGUCAUUAAUGAGAAGGGUCUGGUCUGUGAGGAGCGGGACGUGAGCUUGCCGCUGCAGGAGCACAAGGAGCCGUGGUUCAUGAGGCUGAACCUGGGUGAGGAGGUGCCCGUCUUCCUCCACGGGGACACGAUCAUCAGUGACUACAACCAGAUUAUAGAUUACCUGGAGAAAAACUUUGUGGGAGACACAGUGGCUCAACUGAUCCCUGAUGCUGAAUCGCCUCUCCACGACCGCGUGCAGCAGUACCGCCAGCUUCUGGACGGACUGCCCAUGGACGCUUACACACACGGCUGCAUUCUCCAUCCAGAGCUCACCAUUGACUCAAUGAUCCCAAAGUACGCCACCGCAGAAAUACGUAGACAUUUGGCCAAUGCUGCAACAGAGCUGAUGAAGUUGGACCAUGAGGAGCCUCAGCUGACAGAACCAUACCUAUCCAAGCAGAAGAAGCUCAUGGCAAAAAUCUUGGACCAUGAUAAUGUGAACUACUUGAAGAAAAUUCUGGGAGAGUUAGCCAUGGUUUUAGAUCAAGUGGAGGCUGAACUGGAGAAACGGAAACUAGAGUAUCAAGGUCAAAAGUGUGAGUUGUGGCUAUGUGGACCUGAAUUUACACUAGCUGAUAUCUGCCUCGGAGCCUUGUUGCACAGGCUCAAGUUCUUGGGACUUUCUAAGAAAUACUGGGAGGACGGCAGCCGAUCCAACCUGCAGUCCUUUUUUGUGCGUGUGCAAAAACGCUACGCUUUCCGAAAGGUCUUGGGUGACAUCCACACGACCCUCCUGUCUGCAGUCCUACCCAACGCCUUUCGAAUGGUAAAAAAGAAGCCGCCGUCCUUCUUUGGGGCGUCUUUUCUCAUGGGUUCGCUGGGAGGGAUGGGCUACUUUGCCUACUGGUAUUUAAAAAAGAAAUACAUGUAGUGAAUGCCCCAUUGUUGUGUUAAAUGUCUGUGUAUUUGUGUGAUGUUUCAACUUUUCUGUAAUGUUUUAUGAUUGCAGGAAAAACUUAAUCUAUAUAGAAAACACUAUUACUUACCUGGACAGACAAAGAAAUAUUAAAACAUUCCAUAAUAAGAAAAUUCUUGACAGCACAUUUUCUGGUAAAUCAUGUUCUCCAUCGGAUUUUAUUUCCAGAAGUCGUGGUUUGACUGGAGGCAGGUUCACUUACAUUGAAAACUUCAAGUAGAAACCCAGAUGAAAAUGUUUAACACGGGUUUAUUGACCUUCGCAUGCCACUACUAUACUCAUUAUCUGCUGUUCACCCCUUCAUCUGUCUGAGGAUGAAACUACAGAGCAAUGUUGGUGACAAAAAUGCUGUGCUGCCAGAAACUGCCAGAUGACUUGAUGAAAGGAUGGAGGCAAACUUUUAAGGAGUAGUCUGACAUUUUUGGAAAUUUGCCAGUUUAUCUUUUUUGUUGAAACGUAUAUGAGGAAAUUGACAUGUGCUGGAAGUGUUAUACUUAUUGUGUUUUUAUUCCUGAGCUUCUUAGGUUUAGACCAACUGAGUCACAGUUUUAAACAUCCUAUUUUUAGAAGAAUAUUAUGAAACACCACUGCUUUUCUGAAGGUCACGUUUCUCUAAAAGCUGGUGUAGCUUAGGGACUCUGCUCCCCUCUCUUUCCCAAGCGUGUCAGGGAACUACAGUGGCCUUUGCAUACCAGAAAGGAUGUUAACACUAUUUCACAACUCUCCACUGUUCUAAUCUCCCACUACUGUUCCUCGUCCUUCAUUAGGGUUUAUGUCGGCCGUUGCAUUCUUUGUUAGUGUAGUGAGCUUCUGCUCCAAAACUCAAAACACAUCUGUUAAGGCUGGUGCAGAAACUUGUUGGCACACGAUGAAGGCAGUUGCCUAAAAUACAUAUAAAGGCUUAUUCUAAGGUUAUGAAAACCCAACUGUUUCUAUUUUAAAGUAAUUAUACACUUGAACAAACAUACUUUAUGGAUGGCAUCAUCAAACUCUGCCACACUGACCCACUAAAAGAGGGACACUGCCUGCCUUUGCCUAGAGGAUACGUUUUGGAUUCCGCUGUACUGUGUGUUUGCAUAGGGCUCAUAUUUUCUGAAUGAUCGACAUGCUCCUCCUGGCUGGAGCUUCAUAUUUACGUGAAAGGACCUGACAGUAUCAGUCUUCUCAUCUAACGCUCAGCAAUGAUGCAAAUGGGGGAUUUCUCUUCCUUUUUAAAUAAGUGUACAUCUUGCACACAGUCACUCACACACAGAGACACACGUGAGCUCAGAGUCUAUCAUGUAUUUUAAAGAGUUCAGAGUUUAUGUAUUGCACCACAGGUUACACAGCACACAGUGGUCCACUGUCACGCUCUGCGUCACGGAGCAGGGUUGAGACGUUUGGUGUUUGAAAAGUUACACUCGUGGUGAAAUUGUAAAUUCUGCAUCAAUUAGGCUUAGGAUGUAUAUUUCAUUGCAUGAGUACAACUUUCUUAUUGUGUAGUGAGGUAGGUUGAUGACCUCGGGGCAGAAUUUAUAAUCGCUCCCGGUCAAUAAUCACAGGUUUCUAAAUGUUACGCUGCCAGACCUUUGAAGCACCUGCACUGUACCGUGUGUUGGAGAUGGUCCCUCAGCAAUACUUCACUGUUUCUCCGUAGCCGGCUCCACCUGACGGAUCAGAUGCAAAUUAGUUCUUACAGAUAGAUAUUUUCAAUUAUAUGUCGUCUCAUUUAUUUUACUGUGUUGAAUUUUUAAUGAGAUAAAAGGGUAAAUAAGGGCAGCCGGGCAGGAGUAAAAAAGCUGACUCAUCUGAAGGCUAGAGGAGAAUGAUGAAGGGAAAAAAAGAAGAUGCCUUCCUCCUCUCGGCUGGCCUGGCCUGGCCAGCUGUCUCAUUGUUUGUCGAUGCAGUGUAAUUUUCCUGCUCCGCAGUCUGUUCAUUCUUAAUGGGAGCUUUUGUUUUAUUUUUAUUUUGCUCUUUCUUAGUCAGACCCCUUGAGUUUAACAUGCUACAAAUGCUCCUGAACCAUGUACUAUUUAGGUUGAACUGACUGGCUGGAGUUUUAAGCUGCUUUUGGUUUCAGGGCAUGAAGGUGAUAUCGACAUUCUUACGGUCACGACUCAGAGUACAGUGUGCAUUUGUCUUUCUGAAGCUUUAAAGCUCAAGCUCGGGGUGGAGAUUUAUUCGUGUAGAAUUUAGAGUUUAGGAUGCCCAUUUUCUCCUGCUACAGGAUAUCAUCUCUACAUGUAGUGAGCUGUGGUAGACAACGCUGAACCAAAGAUUAUAAUUAUGAUAAAGACGAGUGCCCCUUUAUUCGCAGCGAUGCCCUGCCGUUGUAAAUCGGAUUUUUGUUGAAAGAACUGCUCGAGAAGAGUAAAAGCAAGAGUUCAGUGUAUCUAGUUUCAUGUGCGAUAUGAAAAUGAAGCAGAGCAGCCGUAUACUCUGGGGCAGAUUAUGAGCCAGUGGAACCCUGGGCACAGACUGGAAAAUAUUGGGAUGGAUAACAUAGUAGCAAAGAUAUUGAGAUAGUAGAGCAGAGGUUAGGGCCUGGUAGUAAUUCAUUCCACAACUGUCCUGAAUCCAUUCUCUGCCUUGAAAUACAUUUAGGGUGUGCAGGAAAGGAAAAAUGGGGGUCCAUCGUCUUCACACUGUUGUAUGUAAAUGGCACAAGAGAGAAGAUGAAUAGAACACAUUGUUGGGAGUUUUUCUAAACUUUGAAAUGAACCAGAAAACACUUUGGAUGUAAAGUACAAUUUUCAAAUGUGAUUUAAUCAAAUAUCUGUUUUCAUUUAUGUUGACUAUCUGACACUAAAACAUUGACUUAUUCUGUUGACUAUCAAACAUUGGAUGACCCUGAAGUGGGAAAACAUCAUCAAGCAUCUUAACAUUGUGAAAGCUUGGUACAUUUGGAUUAUUGCAAGUAAUAAUUCCAUUGCUCCCCCUGACUGAUAUCAUGCUCCAUGGUGGAUUGGAUCUGUACCUCUUAGAUCACACACACAGAGUUCAAGUCGAGAAUCCUAGUUGUGAAUUGUGGCCAUUAUACUUCACUAUAGUAUUUUUUUAUUUGUUAUUUUUUAUAUUUCCAUAUAUGCAUUUAUUUAUGGUGCUUUUUACGAUGUUUGUUCAUACGCCUUAAUUUAUUCAGUUGCCAUCAAUGACAAAUAAAUGAAAAAUGGAAUAUGCA